UCUAUGCUUCGGCACGUGUUGUUUUUGUUUGUAAUUUUGUAAAAAAUCUGAAACUUUUGUAGAAACCCUCGGCAAAAAUGCUACGAUCGUAUAGCGAAAUAUCCAGAAGUUCUAUAUUUAUAAACAGAAUCGAAGACAUUUCAUUAGCAUGGUGCAGCUCUCACCUCGGAGCUCGUAUUGAUAGUGGUAUUCAUUUUUAUGAAUUUUCGGGAAAUCUCAACUGUCUGGACAAACGACUCGACUUCAAUGAAAGUUUUCUCAAAACUCCUACAUCCAGUCCCAGUUCGACAUUAUUAACGAAAAAAGCAAUCGGUACUCGACUGAAGAACAGAGAAUUGGCGGAAAUGAUUACAGAUACAGCAUUAUGGCCACAUAGUGAGUAUCUUGUCAAAGAAAUGAGCACGGUUGUUACUUUUCAAUGGUCCCCAAGAGAACUACUAGGAAAUAACGAAUGCAUUUUAGCUGUUCUUAAUAACAUUGGUGGUGUUGAGCUAUUCAGAAGUUCAAGGAACAUGUGGAUAAAUGUAAUAAGCCUGACAGACUUGGUACAUGAUCACGUUAAUUUGAAUAGUGCACAAAAUGAUUUUAAAGAAUUAAAAGAGGCUGCAUACAGCUUAGAGUCCAGCUCCAUUUGUUGGCCACCUACUUGCAAAGAAGGAAAGUCGUAUUUUGUUACUGGACAAAAAAAUGGCACAAUUUUAUUUUGGGUGGUUGAAAGCACAAACAAGAGCACCACAACAAGAUUUUUUGGGAAAAUUGAUACAGAUUUAGGUGAGACUGUAUCUUUAUUAUGGAUACCUAAAUCGGAGGCACAUUUCUUACUUGUUGCCACAAAUUUAUUUGGGCUAGUUGCAUGCUUUGAAUGCCAAAUUAAUGGAGAAAGUUUGGUUUUGAAAAACACUCUCAUGCUAUGGAACCAUUCGGAUAAAAUGCUUGUGCAACACAUACAAUACGAAAAAGUUGAAAAUAAGUUGUUACUUAUAUUUAACAAAUACAGACAUUUGGUUCUACAGCUACUUGAUGAGAACUCAAAGAAUGUAUCACAAGAAAUAAGCUACAUCAACGAUUAUCUAAUAUCGCAUAUAAUAACGAGAGAUAAUGAAGUUUAUGUCAGUACAGUGAAUUUAAGAUGCUAUAAAAUCAAUUAUAGCAUAAAAGGCAAUACAUUAAAAAUUUAUAACCAUGAUAUGGUUGAAUUUAAAGAGCUCAGUCCAACAUGUGAAUUGUGCAGUGUGAAUUUUUCAGAUAAUAAUGUCUUAUGUGCCUUAGCUGUGAUUGAUCGCAAAAUUCUGCACAGAAAGGAACGUUUGAAAGCAGAAAUCAUCUUCCUGCAAGUUUUACCUGACAAUGCAGAGGUGGAUAUCUUAUUGAACAAUCCCACGAAACAAAUCACAAAUUACUGGGACUGUAUUGAACUGAUACGUUACAAAAUAGUGAAAACAAAAAGUUUGCCCCAGAUAGACUAUGAUAGUUUAUUAUCACAGGGGGACUCUGACAUUUAUAAAUUGAAAGUCUAUCUAGUAAUUUUGACAAUUUAUAAAAGUUUGCAAACCAGUAUCAAAAUAGUGCAACACCCCUUACCAGAAAAUUCAACAGAGGUGGUUAAAGAUAAGAUAUUAGCGAUGAAUGCCAAAUCAAAUAUUGCUAAAAUAUCUAAUAAACAGUCCAAGAAUGACUUGAGUGAUUUAGAAAAGGAAAGUUAUGCAGGAUCUAAAAAGUAUUUAAAUUAUUACAGCAAGAAGUACAAGGUACCAAUGAACAAAAUCAUGCCAGGCGGUAUCUCAGAUGUAGCUACUCAAAAUUACUGCUACACUUGCCAAAAUUGUGAUGAAGAGAUUAUUGACUUUUCAUGCAAAAACGGACACUUGAAUAUGUUUUGUAUGUUUACAUUCACACCAAUAGAAAGUAUAGACUACCUUUCAUGUCAUAAUUGUAACGCAGUUGCUAGAAUGGAAUUAUUAGAACAUAAACCUUACUGUUUAUUCUGCGAUACUUAUUUAAAAGACUCACAAUAAUUACCUCUGUACAAACAAAUUAAAUCUUAACAUCAGUGUGUAAAUAAACGUAAUUUCAAACGUA